UCCCAGGCCCUGUCGGAGGACCACCGGAUAUGACCGGAAGCUUCACAGUCGACAGGCGUUGAUGAUAGGCUUUCAUUUUAUUAUUAUCUUCUAGCACGAAGCGAGUAGACCAGCGCCGUUAGCAGAGCUCAGAAAAUCCACAUACACGAUGAAGAAAGUCAACCGACCGAACGUCCUGCUCACAGGUACUCCUGGCGUUGGGAAGACCACCCUGGGGAAGGAGCUCGCGCAGCGGUCCGGGCUGGAGUACGUCAACAUAGGCGACCUGGCGCAGGAGGGACAGCUGUUUGAUGGCUUUGAUGAAGAGUACCAGUGUCCAGUUUUGGAUGAGGACAGGGUGGUGGAUGAGCUCGACGAAAAGAUGGUGGAUGGCGGCGUGAUAGUAGACUACCAUGGCUGUGACUUCUUCCCCGAGCGCUGGUUCCACAUCGUAUUUGUUCUCCAGACAGACAACACCAACCUUUACAAUCGUCUGGAAAGCAGGGGCUACACAGGGAAAAAACUGCAAGACAACGUGCAGUGUGAGAUCUUCCAGACCAUCUACGAGGAGGCCGUCGGAGCCUACAAGGCAGAGAUAGUCCAUCGGCUGCCUAGCAACAAGCCAGAGGACCUCGAAAGUAACUUGGAGCAAAUAGUCCAGUGGAUUGAACAGUGGAUGAAGGACAAUAACUAAUGACCAGAAGAUCAGAUGAGCCUAAAGGCCGUGUGAAUUCACAAGACUUUGUUUACAUGAGUAACAGAGAACAGAAACAAGAACGAUAAACGAGUGCACAUAUGUAAGGAAAUUCAUUUUUUGGUUGGUUGGCCCCUACUAAACAGAAGUCUCCGGUCUUUAUUGUUGAGACUGCCUUAAUAGGAAUUUAGGUGUGACCAUUGUUGAUUGGUGUGGCGUGUGUGUGUGUGUGUGUGUGUGCCGGGUGCUGACAGACUGACUCCUAAUUGAACUCGAUUCAGGAAUUUUCCAAAAUUAGCUCAAGUAUUUUCAUAAUUGGAGAACAUUUACAAAAGGACUAAUAACUAAAGCUGACGGUUUCAAGCUCAGUAGUGAUUCUGUGCUCACUGAUCUCAUAUUUUUUCUAUUAAAUAUAUUUAUUAAACUCGGGAUACAUACAUAGUGUGACAUUAACGUUGAAUAAAAUGCAAAACUGGGGA